AUGUUUCUCCGCUCCGCGUUCCUUCCUUUUCCCCGCUCAGUUUCCUAUUGUCCUUAUGUCUCCAAAUGCUACAUGUCGUCCACUAGCCCUAAUGAGUCGGGCGAAGUAGCUUUUAUCCAACAAGUCGGAAAAAAAUACGCCAGGUACGAAGGUGGAGACUUUAAUAAGGUCGAAGUUCUUGGAGCAGUCCAUGGAGUCUAUGUAGGCCUGAUCGCUCCUUUGGCCAAAAGCCCUGAACGAGAUUGGGCCCGACUCUUUGUCAGAACUUCAAUUCCUCAUCCCACUUUGCGCCCUAAGGUACCUAUAGAAGAACAUCAAAUCCCAGAGUCCACUAUAUCAGCAGACUCGCACCGGAUUCAUGUAUUCAAUAGGCGGUUAAUGGAACUCGUCCACCGCAUCCAUACG